AUGUCCCUCCGCGCCCAACCUCUGCUCUCGUCCCUGCUCCGGCAGCGCUCCACCACCAGCGACAGCUUCGCCAGCAUCACCAGCUUCGUGACGGCCACCUCCAGACGCUUCAAGUCGACCUUCCCGCCGCCCGCCCUGGCUGCUCGCUGCUCGGCCAGGCACGCCCUCUCCAAGAGCAGCAUCAGCCUGGGGAGACUCCGGCCCCAGGCACAGGCACCGCCUCUCAAUGGAUACGCCUUCAAGGCUCACCAGCUGCAGGCAACGUCCGCCUUUUCCACCGCCAGCUCCUCCAAGCUCGUCGACGUCAAGAAAGUCCUGGUCAUCGGCAGCGGAGGGCUCAGCAUCGGCCAGGCCGGCGAGUUCGACUACUCUGGCUCCCAGGCGUUAAAGGCUCUCAAGGAAGCCGGCGUCCGCUCUGUCCUGAUCAACCCCAACAUCGCGACCAUCCAGACAGACCACAAGCUCGCCGACGAGGUCUACUACCUCCCCGUCACCCCCGAGUAUGUCUCCUAUGUCAUCGAGCGUGAGCAGCCAGACGGCAUCUUCCUCGCCUUCGGGGGCCAGACUGCCCUCAACCUCGGCGUCCAGAUGAACCGCAUGGGCAUCUUUGACCGCUACGGCGUCCGCGUGCUGGGUACCUCCAUCAAGACCCUCGAGACCAGCGAGGACAGAGACCUCUUUGCCCGCGCCCUCAACGAGAUCAACAUCCCCAUCGCAGAGUCCAUUGCCGUCAGCUCCGUCGACGAUGCCCUCGCUGCUGCUGACAAGAUAGGAUACCCGAUUAUCGUCCGCUCGGCCUACGCGCUGGGUGGACUCGGCUCCGGGUUCGCCAGCACCCCCGACGAGCUGCGCGAUCUCUCUUCUCGCUCUCUCACCCUUGCUCCCCAGAUCUUGGUCGAAAAGUCCCUCAAGGGCUGGAAGGAAGUCGAGUAUGAAGUCGUCCGUGAUGCGAGCAACAAUUGCAUCACCGUCUGCAACAUGGAGAACUUUGACCCACUGGGCAUCCACACGGGAGACAGCAUCGUCGUAGCUCCCAGCCAGACCCUUUCUGAUGAAGAAUACCACAUGCUCCGUACCGCUGCCAUCAAGAUCGUCCGUCACCUGGGCGUAGUCGGCGAGUGCAACGUCCAGUAUGCGCUCCAGCCGGACGGGCUAGACUACCGUGUCAUCGAGGUCAAUGCUCGCUUGUCCCGUUCUUCUGCCCUCGCCUCCAAGGCCACCGGAUACCCCCUUGCAUACACCGCUGCAAAGAUAGGCCUGGGCCAUACUUUGCCCGAACUGCCCAAUGCAGUCACCAAGACCACCACGGCCAACUUCGAGCCCAGUCUCGACUACAUCGUCACCAAGAUCCCGCGCUGGGAUCUCAGCAAGUUCCAGCACGUCAAGCGGGAUAUCGGCAGCUCCAUGAAGUCUGUCGGCGAGGUCAUGGCCAUCGGCCGUACCUUUGAAGAGUCCUUCCAAAAGGCCAUUCGCCAGGUCGACCCGCGCUUCGUCGGGUUCCAGGGCGACAAGUUUGAAAACCUCGACGAGGUCCUGGCUAACCCGACCGACCGCAGAUGGCUUGCUGUUGGCCAGGCUAUGCUCCACGAGGGUUACUCUGUCGACCGCGUCCAUGAGCUCAGCAAGAUAGACAAGUGGUUCCUCUACAAGCUGCAGAAUAUCGUUGACAUGCACAAGUCUCUCCAGCAUAUCGCUAGCUUGUCUGACCUGCAAAAGGACGUCCUCCUUGAAGCCAAGAAGAUGGGUUUCUCAGACAGGCAGAUUGCCCUCUGCUUGAACACCACUGAAGACGCAGUCAGAGCUCGCAGAAAGAGCUUCGACAUACACCCCUGGGUCAAGAAGAUCGAUACCCUCGCCGCUGAGUUCCCAGCAGACACAAACUACCUCUACACCACAUACAAUGCCUCCUCCCACGACGUCACCUUCGAGGACAAGGGCACCAUCAUUCUCGGAAGCGGUGUCUACCGCAUUGGUAGCUCCGUUGAGUUCGAUUGGUGUGCCGUCAACGCUACCUUGUCUCUACGCAACAUGGGCAAGAAGACAGUCAUGAUCAACUACAACCCCGAAACCUACUCUACCGACUUCGACACCGCAGACAAGCUCUACUUUGAAGAACUCAGCUACGAGCGUGUAAUGGACAUCUACGAACUCGAAAGCGCUUCCGGCGUCGUCGUCUCUGUCGGCGGCCAGUUGCCCCAGAACAUCGCCCUGCGUCUCCAGCAGGCUGGCGGCGCAAACGUCCUUGGAACCAACCCAGAAGACAUCGACAAGGCAGAAGACCGCCACAAAUUCUCCCAGAUCCUCGACAGCAUCGGCGUCGACCAGCCCGCCUGGAAGGAACUCACCUCCUUCGAGGACGCAGAGGCCUUCGCUGAAUCAGUCCAGUACCCCGUCCUCGUCAGACCAAGCUACGUCCUCUCCGGCGCCGCCAUGAGCGUCAUCUACAACCGCGACGAGCUCAAAGAGAAGCUCCUCUCCGCCUCCUCCGUCUCCCCCGACCACCCCGUGGUAAUCACCAAAUUCAUCGAGGGCGCAGAAGAAAUCGACGUCGACGCCGUGGCCUCUCAGGGCUCUCUCAUCCUGCACGCUGUAAGCGAACACAUCGAGCCCGCAGGUGUCCACUCCGGAGAUGCAACUCUCGUCCUCCCACCCGCUUCCCUCGACACCUCCAUCAUGGCCCGCGUGAAAACUAUCGCAGAGAAAGUCGCCCGUGCCUUCUCCAUCACAGGCCCAUUUAACAUGCAAAUCAUCAAAGCCGAGAACCCGCAAAACCCCUCCGAGCCUCUCCUGAAAGUCAUCGAAUGCAACCUGCGCGCCUCCCGCUCGUUCCCGUUCGUCAGCAAGGUGCUCGGAACCAACUUCAUCGACGCCGCUACCCGCGCCCUAGUCGGCACCAACGUCCCCCAGCCAACUGACCUCAUGGCCCAAUCCCGUCCCUACCUCGCUACCAAAGUGCCGCAAUUCAGCUGGACCCGACUCGCCGGUGCCGACCCUUUCCUCGGCGUCGAGAUGGCAAGUACAGGCGAAAUAGCCUGUUUCGGCCAGGACCUGGUCGAAGCCUACUGGGCCUCACUACAGUCCACCAUGAACUUCCGCACCCCUCAACCAGGCGAAGGUCUACUGUUCGGCGGGGAUAUAGACAUGUCUGAACUCCCGCAGAUAGUCAAUUAUGUGCAUCCGCUAGGCUACAAGCUAUUCGUAGCCAGCGAGCCCGUCAGGCGCUUCCUCGAGCAAAACUGCGCCGCUAAGCCGGAUGAUCUGAACAUUCAAAUCAUCGACUUCCCGAAGCAGGACAAGCGGAAGCUGCGAGAGGUGUUUGAGCGCAACGAUAUCAGGGGAGUCUUCAACAUUGCGCGCGAGAGAAGUAAGCAUCUUCUUGACGAGAACUACGUCAUGCGUAGGAACGCGGUGGACUUCGGCGUGCCGCUUUUCAUGGAGCCCAAGACGGCGUUGCUGUUUGCCAGAUGUAUGAGUGAGAAGCUGCCUAAGAAGGAAGGCAUUCCGUCUGAGGUGCGUAGCUGGUCGGAUUUCGUGGGUAGGAAGUUGGUGUAA